AUGGUGUGCAACUUUUCCAGCGUUCCCACCACAGAUGUGAGUUCAGCAUGGCUUCUACCAUCAGCAUCCAGCACUUCUGUCCAGCCGCUCAUGGGUAAUGCCUAUCUUAACCCACAUGCUGGCACAACCAUGCUGACAGUGCUAACAGAGCAGGGACAGAUUUCCACCUCGGCACCCUCCUAUCCAGGUGCUCUCAAGUGGGAUUGCACUGGAAGCACACAUGGGAGGGAAGAUGCACUCCAGGAAUUCAAUAUGACCCUCACUGACCAGGACACUAGACUCUCCUCCCUGGCUGUGACAAACCAGUGUGAUAAAAUUUUAGAUCCCAAUGCCACAGUUCCUUUUUAUCCAACACUGCCUGCCAGCUUUGUCCAGGUCACACCACUGCAGAUGCCAAAUCAAGGAUACAGCCUGGCACCUUCCUACCAGGAGGGCAGCCAGGUCUAUUACUANGAGCACAACAACCUGGGCCCUCUGAUAGCUGGAGAAUUUGGGCAGUGUUUGCAACCCCAUGGUUCUGUGCCCUACCCUGGGAGUCAGACCUCUGCGUUCCAACCAGAGAUGGUGAUGGUGCUAAAAGAGAUUCAGCCAAGGAAUAACCAAAUACCACUUUUUACCUCUGCCUUCUCCUAUUCCACAUCUGCUCAGUCCAUGCCAGACAACGGUCUUCCUG